AAAUAAGACGCUAUAUUCACUAAAAAUCAAUUAAAAAAGAAAAUAAGAUUAAAAAAAAAGUUCUCAGUUCUCAGCUCUCAGCCUACUUACUACUCACCCAUCUCCUUUCCUUUAAAAUCCCACUGCCCUCAGCCCCGUCGCCUCCAAAUUCAUCUCCACCCAAACAACCAAAACCAGAAAGGAAGGGGGGAAAAAAAGGGCCAUGGGAUCUCUUAAUUCUUCGUCGGCGACGUUACUCCUCCUCUGCUUCGCCUUCACCCUCUCAUCCGCCUUGGACAUGUCCAUAGUCUCCUACGACCAAUCCCACCCCGACGCAAGCUCCGCCUCCAGCUGGAGGACCGACGACGAGGUGAUGACGAUCUACGAGGAGUGGCUGGCCAAGCACGCCAAGGCCUACAGCAACGCCCUCGGAGGAGAGAAGGAGAAGCGGUUCCAGAUCUUCAAGGACAACCUCCGUUUCAUCGACAGCCACAACUCCAUGAACCACACCUACACCGUCGGACUCAACAAGUUCGCCGAUCUCACCAACGACGAGUACCGCUCCCAGUACCUCGGAGUCCGUCCAGGUCAGGGGAAGCCGCUGCGCGAGUCGAGGCCUUCCGAUCGGUACGCGCCGCGCGUCGGGGAGUCACUCCCUGAUUCAAUCGAUUGGAGGACGAAAGGCGCCGUCGCCGAAGUCAAGGACCAAGGCGGCUGCGGGAGCUGCUGGGCGUUCUCCACGGUGUCUUCCGUCGAAGGGAUCAACCAGAUUGUAACAGGGGAACUCAUCACCCUCUCCGAGCAAGAGCUGGUGGACUGCGACACUUCCUACAACGAAGGAUGCAACGGAGGCCUGAUGGACUAUGCAUUCGAGUUCAUCAUUAAGAACGGCGGCAUCGACACCGAUCUCGACUACCCUUACACGGGAUACGACGGCAGAUGCGACUCUUACAGGAAAAACAAUGCUAAGGUGGUUACGAUCAACAACUACGAGGAUGUUCCGAUCAACGACGAGGCCGCAUUGCAGAAGGCUGCUGCAAACCAGCCCAUUGCUGUCGCCAUCGAAGCUGGUGGCAGAGGCUUCCAGCUCUACACUUCGGGAAUAUUCAGCGGGCCAUGCGGAACCCAACUGGACCACGGAGUUGGAGUGGUGGGAUACGGGAGCGAAGGCGGGAAGGACUACUGGAUCGUCAGAAACUCAUGGGGCAAAAGCUGGGGGGAGAGCGGCUACCUGAGGAUGGAGAGGAACAUCGCCGCCAAGACCGGCCUCUGCGGCAUUGCGAUGGAGCCUUCUUACCCUGUCAAGGACGGCCAGAACCCACCGAACCCCGGCCCUUCGCCGCCGACUCCGGUCACUCCUCCCAGUGUCUGCGACGAUUACUAUUCCUGCCCCGCCAGCGAGACCUGCUGCUGCAUCUUCGAGUUCGGCAAGUACUGCUUCGAAUGGGGAUGCUGCCCUCUCGAUGGCGCCACCUGCUGUGCGGAUCACUACAGCUGCUGCCCGCAUGAGUACCCUGUCUGCAAUGUGAACCAGGGCACCUGCAUGAUGAGUGCAAACAACCCAUUGGCGGUGAAGGCGAUGAAGAGCAACAGGGCCAAGCCUCGGUUUCCUCUCAACGCUAUUCUUGGCAGGAAGAGCAAUGCUUAAAAGCUGGAAGUUUGAUUGAGCAUUCCACUAAUUUAAUGGUGGAACAGUGGAGGAAACUUGGUUUCUUCUUGUUCUGCUUCGCAUUUGAAUUUCAGUGAUCUGGAGAACAAAAAAACUUGGGGGGAAGAAGAGGGGGGUGGGGGGUUUGAUUCAGAUACACUGGUUUAUGUAAAUAAACGGCAAUCCCUGUAGUGGUUGAUGUUAAUGGCUGGGAUUUGGUUUAGCAGGAGAUAUACUAAUCAGGCUUCCAGAUAAAUUAUCUUCUCGUCGAUGUGUAAAUGCCUGUGGGAUUGAGGAUUACUAUUUUAGCCAAAUAGUACUCUACUCUCUGUAAUUUCUCUAAAUCAAUCAAAUUACAGCUUUCUGCUUUUAGUUCACAGAGCUUCGUUUCAUCGUUUCUGUAAGGUACUCUUGUCGGAACUGUGUAAUAUUGCCUUUGUUAUCAGAAAUUGCUUCAGCAUUAAGGCAUAUAAGAGCAAUGUGAUGUGGCUUGUGGAGAUUAAGAAGGUUACUAAUACUAUAUCUGACAUUGUCUGGUGGAGGAGAUAAC